GAUGUAUAGCUCUAGCUAUGUGUAACAACACAGGUUACAACGUGACUAAAGAGGAGUGUGAUGCUCUCUCGCUGGCCACAGGAGUAUCUAAUAUUGCUACUGCCACUCUCAGCUUAUCUCUUUUGAUAUUUUUAUACUGGAUGGUAGAAGAAACCUGCAUAUAUUUUGUUGGUGGCUUUACAAUUAUCAUUGAUCUGCUGGCGUUUGUGUUUUUUGUGACAGUAAUGGCAAUGCUGUACAUCCCGAGAAGCAAGUGUUGCAAGGAAGUCCCGGACAAAACCCCACUUUUGGCAAACUCUCACAUUCAGUGUACCAAUCCUUCAUCAGUGUGGGAUCAUCGCAACACUCCUAGCGACACCGUUUUCAACCCACCCCCAGAGAUGUCUGAUUGUGUCUACUAACAUUAGUAGUUAGAAGUUUUGUUGUAUGCACGCACAUUGUGUGAAUAUAUAAGUACAAUGAACUUCUCAAGGUUCAUAUUUUUAGUAGACUGUGGAUUGUUUAUCAGCACUAC